AUGGAGCCUGCGAGAGAAAAUGUGGACCGCGACGACGAUGAGCAGACAAUUCGCUCCCUGCCUCAAUCCUUCCAGAAAUUCGUCUCUGGCGAUUUCCGAUCCUUGUUGAAUAUGCGCCCUCCAGACAUCAGUCAACACCCAGUAUUUCAACCGAAUCCCUUGAGCUCGAUCAGCGACGCGCCUCUGAUGAUCACCACAUAUUCCACAGCACAAAUCCGAGAGGAGAAAAGAAGGAUUGAAUUUGAAAAGGAGCGUGAACGAGCGGCGCAUGAACGCAGAGACAGGUAUAUCUCAUUUUCCUACCAAGGUUUCAGUAACGCAUUUGAUUCAGCAUCAAGUAGCCGUGGCAGAAUCGAACCUCAUUCAGGCCCAUCCAACACCCAAUCUUCCCUUGUGGAAGGCGCAAUGAACCUGUGUUACUCUGAGAGAUUUAGCAACCCUCCUGCUACGGCCCAUCGCAUCAUUCACCAGAGUUCUGGAUCCUAUGCCACCGGAAAUAAUCUUACUCGCCUUCAAACCAACCCUGAUAAUGAAGAAACCGACAUCUACGGCAUCCUUGCGGAAGGUUCACCCACAACUACGUCGUCAAGCCAGCCCAGAACUCCAGUGGACAGUGGGAAAGCAACAACCACCACCCCAAUCUCAGAGGGGUCUGAGCAGAAAAUGACGGGCUUACGAAUAGUUACCGACUUGUUCAAACCAAGAACAGGAGUCGAGAAAUCGCAGACAGAUGACACUCAGCGAGCCCUUGAGAACCUCAGCCCUUGCCGAUCCGAUCUUGAACGCCAUCUUCGCAUUACAACGAACUGCCACACAUAUGACUACACUCCCGGAGAUCCAUUACCACGACACCCAAACACCAGCAGAGGCUGGAACUCUCGCAACCUCCACUGUACCACCUGCAUAGACGAAUUCUGUGCUGUCUGCGGUCGAGCUUGCUGCGCUUUCAAAGCAGCUCUCCUUGCCAAAGUCAACCAUGAAGAUAAUGAAGAGGCUCUAAGAAUGGCAGAAGAGAGGAUAUUACACAUUUGUCACAUCUACCCCUUCGGAAUGGAAGCGCCGACCUUUCUUCAAUGCAUUCGAGGCGAUGAAAUUGGCUGUGGCAAGAUUGUUUGUCCAGACUGCUGUGGAAUAUGCCCUAAUGAGAUCUGUCGCGACAUUCAAUGCAGAAAGUGCAAGAAAAUCCCUUGGGAAGAAUGUCUCUGGCAUGUUGCAGACAUGAACGGACGAGCCAUAUAG